GGCUUAUGGGGCCAAUCAUUUGUGACAUCCAUUUUUAGUCCUCUUCUUCUUCCUUCUACACCCCUCAAUGUCAGGCGAAGAAACUCUUGAUCUCCUGUUUCUCCUUUAUGCCAACUGUCUGGACAAUUUAAGCGGCUAGUUCCUAUGCUAAAGCUCAUAUUAUUCUCACAGCACGCGAUAUGAAAAAAGGUCAGGAAGUUGUUUCGGAUAUAAAGAAAACAACGUCGAAUGAGAAUAUCGAACUAAUGGAGUUACAUCAAGAUAAAUUAAGUGAUGUACGACGAUUCGUUAAUGAAUAUAAACAAAAAAAUAUACCAUUACAUAUAUUGAUAUGUAACGCUGGUAUAAUGGCGACGCCAUACAAAAAAACAGUCGAUGGUUAUGAACAACAAUUUGCUGUUAACCAUUUAUCACAUUUUCUACUCACAAUGUUAUUAUUACCAGUGUUAAAGGCAAGUAAGCCUGCACGUGUUGUUGUUGUUAGUUCAUUAGCAAACAAGCGUGGUGGAAUUGUUUUUGAUGAUAUUAAUUU